AUGAGAGAAUACCGGCAGAAUCUUGCGCUUCAAGUACAUCUCCAGAAGCUACGAGAAGAGAGUCCUCUCGCAUCAUAUCAGCCAUCCUCGCCCGAGACGACCCUGAUCUCCCGAUACGUUGGCGUGCUCCGACCAGAGCCCGCCGGUAGGCAGCCUUUUGAGGUCUUAGGGACCUGGAUACAGUCUAUUCCCUCGCGCAUCGGGUCGAACAAGAUGCUUGAUUUGGCCGUUCAGUUCUUCGUCGAUAGUCACGCUACGUAUCGAGAUGAUAUGCACUCGAAGCGCAAGGUCGCGAGAGCUUCAAAGGCUAAAGCGCUCAAGGAAUUGCAGCUCGCCGUGAUGAACACUGAUAACAAGGUCACGUACGACAUCCUGUUGGCUACGAAAUUACACUACGCUGCUGAGGUUCACGAGGCGAUGAUGAUGGGUCGGAAGUCAGUAUACCACAACGACUAUUACCUGUCUGCUACAAUUCCACCUCCGAUCGAUACAAGAGAUGUCAUGCUGUCGCCAUCACAGAGAGCGUCGAUGGCCGUCAUGCACGUUUUCAUUCAGUGCCCUUACGCGGUAGCAUUGAUCCGAGAAGCCAUUUCGAACCCCGAGGACACGUUCGCGCUUGCAAUCGCCAUGUCAUAUUUGGAGGGUCUGAUGCAAAUCAACGUGUCGCAGCACGUAGCUGAGCUCAUUGAAACGACCGUGUCUGUGGUACCGAUUCCACCGUCACCGGACGUCGCCGACCUAAUGCCCGACACCCUCGAGUUCAAUUCGGUACAAGACUUCAUACUUUGCACCAGAAGCUGGAUGUUACAGUCGCUCCUCUGCGGUCUUGCGGAUACACUUUAUCGAUACUUCCCGACUGAGGCGGCGUUAUCGCUACUCCCGUCGCCUCAGCAAUUACGAAUUAUUGACGUUGAUAGCGCACUCUGUCUCCAGAAGUCGCACAGAUGGGCAGAUUCCGUUUCCAAACAUAUCCCGCUUUUGACAAUGCGCUUACACACUCCACUCCAGAUGGCUAUUGCCCCAUGGCACCGCAUGACGCGAGAUCUUACAUCCCAGCGCUCACCAUCUGCCUCGCCAGGCACCCCCUUGGACGUGGCUGCGGAGCUCACACGCGCCAAGCGCAUGCAAGCUUGGAUAGUCAGCGAAACCAACAAGAUACACAAGAACUGGAACGUCGCCACCGUCGACGAAGAAAUCCUUAUAGAAGCUCUAGAAGCUUUAUCUGGAGAGAAGAUGCCAGAUUGGCUUCCAACGCGCGUACGAUUCGUCCCCGAAGAAGGCGAAAUGGCCCUACACAUGGAAUUCGAGAACAGAACAGGGACCUACUCCACUGGCAGAAUCGAUGUAAGCAAGGAGCCUCCGCGCAAACUGGCGAUGCCGCCGCAUCCUGGGGAAAAGGGACAAGAAUGGCAGAGGAAGAAUCACAGGAAGGAACCUGUGUACGACUUCAGGGUGGUGGCCUCAGUCACACGAAACAUCACAUAA